CAAGUUGAUUCUUUAUCGAAUCCAAGUCCAAUAACUAUGCUUGAGCAACAAGGGUCAGAUCCAACAAAGCCAGCAGCGGCGGCAACCGGUUUUCCGGCGACCACCGAGGCUUUUUCCUACGCUCCAGUAGCACCACCCCAGUCCAAACCUACAGUCGAUUGGUCCACCGGCCUCUGUGACUGCUUCUCCGAUUGUGGAAACUGUUGCAUAACGUGGUGGUGCCCAUGUGUUACCUUUGGCCGAGUUGCAGAAAUUGUUGACAGGGGAUCCACGUCAUGUGGUGCUAGUGGGGCUCUGUAUACGCUGGUUUGUUGUGGAUGGCCAUACUCAUGCUUCUACCGCUCCAAGAUGAGACGGCAAUAUGGUUUAAAGGGAAAUUGUUGUACGGAUUGCUUGCUUCAUUGCUGCUGCGAGUCCUGCGCCCUCUGUCAAGAAUAUCGUGAGCUUAAACAACGUGGAUUUGACAUGAUUAUUGGGUGGCAUGGAAAUGUCGAGCAACGAAUUCAGGAAGUAGCCAUGACUGCUGCAACAGCUCCAUCAGUCGAAAAGGGCAUGAGCCGUUGAAUACAUCCAGUUCGAUCUGUAACUAAGACAAUGUGUUUCUACUUUCUACGAUGCUUCUGUUAAACGUCAAUUUAAAAUGGUUGUGUUUAAAUUGCUAAGAAAUGACUUUAUUAUCUGAAUUAAUCAAAUAUUCAAUGCCCUAUCCA